GUGUUGAAGACCCGAUGGUUGGCCAGCGCCUUUGGGAAAUUCAAGUUCUAUCUUGAAGAAAGAAUGUAAACAUGUCAUCUUUAUGUGGUCAUUGAAGACAAGUGUGUGAUUGUCUCUCUGCAGUUAGCUCUAUUUAGGUGUUUUGAUUAAGAUUGUGUAGGAUUAUCCUGCAUAGAUCCCGAAAGUCGGAGAACACUGAAGUACAAGGAGUUGCUACGCACGCUGUCCGUCUAAUCCUACAUCAGAGGAACCAUCAGAGAUGUCGGACACAAAACCAAAGAAAAAGAAGAGGAAGCAAAAGCAACGUCUGCUGACAGAAGAAGGAGGUGAAGACGCUGAUGGAAUAGCCAACCCUAUAUUGACAGGGGAGGAGUCGGACACUGGAUUGGUGUACAGCGGAGGGGAAACUUCAGGAGGGGAGACUGCUGAAGACAUUGAGGAGGCAGAAAAUCUUGCUCAAGAUUUGAAAACAAAACAUGCACAAAAACAACGAGAGUUAUCGGAGGUCACUUCACCCAAAGAUGACGUGGCCAAGGAACUACGCACCAUUAAGAAGAAAAGCAAGGAGAAAGUAGAGGAAACAAUCCGACAGGAGCAGGAAGAGAGUGCUGGAGAGGAUACAACCCAUCUUACUGCCACGGAGGUGGGCGAGGAUGGAACCCUUCCCAUGCCUGAGGGGGAGGAGACGGGGAAGGGGAUACCCACCCUAGAAGGGGAGGGGAUACCCACCCUACCGGAGGGAGAGGAGGAAGAUGAAGAGAGUAAAGUUAAAAAAUUGAAAAAGAAGAAAAAGACAGAAGAAUCAGAAAUUACGCCUAUUACCCAGGAAGAGGAUGAGGCUAAGUCAGAGGAGCCUGCCCCUCCCAAACCACCCGAGGAGGAUACUAAAACCCCUAAGGGAAAGUCCCUCAAAGAUCGCCUGAAGAACAGGCUACAGAAGGCUAAGGAAACGGCUGUGUCUGAGGUCCAGGAAAAGGAGAGGGAGGAACGCCGUGAGAAACGACUCAAGCGUGACCAACAAGUCACACGAUUUGAUACAGAGAUGUCUUAUCUCAAAAAGACUAUGAAUCUAUUUCGCAAGUAUGAUGAGGCUGAGAUGGAGAGACUGGAAGAAAGAUCGAGACAAGUUAGGAUGCGAUUGAAAAAGCUGAGUCAGCAACCUUCAUCUGAGAGGAGGAAACAAAUAUUGGAAUCCAAGGGGAUUUUUGUUCCUACAACGGAAGAGGCCUUUGACUUCUUCACUCGUAACUUUGAUCCCGAGCCAGAUGAAGAAAAGAAAGACGAAGGUGAGGAGAAAGCAGAUACAGAAAAAGAUGAAAAAGAAGAUAAGGAUGAGGAGGAGGCUGGUCCUAGUACUGAACCCAAGGAUGGAGAAGAAGGAGAGGAGGGUGAAGGGGAAGGGGAAGGAGAGGAGGGGGAUAAGGCCAAGAAAAAGAAAAAAGACAAAGGAAAGAAGGACAAAGAAGCUGAUGAAGAGAAAACUCCUCUGCUGGAUGAUGUAAUGGAGGAUGAUUAUAGUUUCCGUCCUGUCGUGGUCAGAGGAGCUGAGUUCCCCGACCCAAUGGAGAUGCAAAAGAAAGAGGCAGAAAUCUACUUUGUACCUUCAGUAACUACAGUUCCAUCAGACCAGAAGGUUUCAGAAGAGCAGCAGCCCCGUUUCCUGGAGGAUGAGGGUUUUUAUGUUGGAACACGGCCAGAUCCUUCAGGCUGGAAUGUCAAUAAGAUGGAACACAGACUCCUUAAGGAGCCAGAUGGCCGGCGUUGGUUUGGUGAGGACGGACGUAUGUUGGCCCUGCCUGACCCACUCCGACCAACACCCUCUCGUCCCCCAGUGCCCGAUGAGAAAGAACCUUACCUUGAGACCGUGUUUAAAGGAGCCAUCAUGCGAGAGUUCGACAGCAAAUAUAUUGACGGAUCUGUUGAUAAUAGCGGGUUUUAUCAGCUGGACGUCGAUAUCAACUCUAUUGUGAUGUCCCAUCACCACUUGUACAGCCGUGAACAUGUCCUUGCUACACGGCUUCAAGAACUCUACAGUGCAUAUCUCAGCAGGCAGAUAAAAAACAUGACAGACUAUCUCACGGAGAAGCUCAAGGCUCUGAAAAGUUCAACUCUUCAUCUGAAAGAUCACAUGCUUGCACACAAGUCAGAACACAAUUUUGCUGAUCGCUCAAACUAUGAGAGACGACUUCGAGAAUACAAGUUAGAAACCAGGAAAGCUCGUGAAAUGAGAGACAAAGAGGAACAAACAGAUAGACAGGUUCUCAAAGGAAUUAUCCACACAUGGAAGGAAAUUCGAGCACAGAGAGAGAAGCAAAACUACAGUAAUACCUCUGUUAAAGUUCAGUUCAAAAAGGAGGAGGUAGACAAGAACCGUGACAUGAUGGUUUGGCGUCAGGAGAUUGAAGAAGAAGUGGAUGAGGUGCGUGACGCUCACGCUGAAGAUUAUCAGAUUAAGAUGAAGGAAUUCCAGGAACAGAAGAAGGAAAAGGACAAACAAAUCAAAGCCAAGGCAGAUGCAGCUAAACGACAGAAGAAGCGAGGAAGUAAAGCUUCUAAGACUUCUAGGGGGUCUCGGGCAUCUAAACUCAGUGCAGAGGACCAGUCACCGGAGGACAAACAAAAAGACAUAGAUAUAUUAAAUGAAGAGGACUUGCCAGAACCUGAACUUCCAGAUGAAUUUGAUGAAACAGUUACAAGAGAAAAGAUAAAGAAUAAAGUGAUGGAGAUCCGGCGACGACCAGGUGAACCAAAGCUGCAACCAGAAUUAACUCAUAGCAACAGUAUAACAGCAACAGCCCAGUGUCCUCGGGGUGAGCAACAGCGACGAGAAGCAUUAUCUGGGUGUAAAAUAUUUAUCAAGGUGCUAUUCAACAAUAAAGAAGUGUCACGCACGUUAUCAAAAACAUUAUCACAAGAUUUCAAAGUAACAUUUGGUCAAAUAUUCAACAUCAAAAUUGUCCAGUGGCCGGAGAGUAUAAAGUUCCAGAUUUUUGAGACAGUGGGUUACAGUACUGAAAUGUUAGCAGAGCUGUUCGCCAGUAUACCUGAGGUCUCCAUCACAUCGCAGGCCGUCCAGCUAGAGAAUCUAGACUUCAGCUGUGAUCACCGAGUAAACCACAGUCAUGAGGGAGUGGGCAGUGGUGUACCAUUUAGCUAUGGAACUAAGAUGGAUAAUGAGAUGAUCACUCUGAUGACCACUGGUGAAUUGUACAGCAGUGUGGCCUGGGCAGUGGACGAAAACAACCAGCCCCUCGUUCCUCCGAUCAGUAAUGUCGGCAAGGAUAAUGUGUUCAGUGCUAUAAAGAAGAUGGACCCUAUGCAGGCAGUUAGUCCUUCUGGAAAAAUGGACAUCGAAAAGCUGUCCAAAUGGUUUGAGGAGUCCAGACUUGACCCCAACGACCCCUCCAAUGCUGACCUCGUCUUCAUGCUCAAGCCCAAGGGAGGGGACCUGAGCCACCUCCAGCCCCCCGACUAUUUCAGACUGGAACAACUCCAAGAGGAAUUUAACGUGGCAACAGAUGAUGAGAUUGAGAAUAACAAACGAUUCCAGCUGCUGCAGCUGCGUGACAGUGAGGUGCAAGAGUUCCGCAACUACAGGAUGGUUCCGCUCAAAGUUCAGGAGAUCCCACGGGACACUUUCACGGAAUAUGAGAAAAAGAAGAGGGAGGAAACCAAAAUGGCAAGGAGAGAUGACAUUGAAUCUCACCGAGAAGAUCGGGCAAAGUUCAUGCAGAGAGUGAGAGAAGAAGUGAUCCAGAGAUUCCGAAUCCUUGCCCAUAUGAAGAGACUAGAGGAUGUCGUACUAGAGGAAGCAGUACCUAACAUUGCGAUGAUUGGAACCAGUCUGCUGAGGGUGACAGAACGGCGGCGACCAUUGAGACCUGAGAGGAAGGAGAGAAAGAAGGUCACGGCCCAGGUCCUCAAAGGUGAUGAAGUCAAGAUCCUGGUCAACAUCACACGAGCGCUCUACGUUCCAAUCAGGACGAGUUCUUCCAUACAUGCAGAUGAAAGUAAAGCAAGUGGAUCUACAACAGCCAGGGGGACUGAUAGCGAGAACAAGGCAGUCAAAAGUAUUGUCGGCGAUACUUUGGUGCGACCAUUUGUGGAGGUGGUGUUCCAACAUUCGUCCAUGCGGACAGUUGUUGGAGAUGGACCUAACCCCAGCUUUAAUGAGGAGCUACAGAUUCCUUUUAAGGCUCCAAACGACGACUACAGUUCUAACAACCUUCAGACCAUCACCGAUGAACUCUACCUGAAUUUAUUUGAUGAAGUUGUUGUGGACAUACAAGAGGAUGACCGGAACAGAGGCACGACCCUCCAUCAAAGGAUAGAGAAACGCUGGCUUGGUGAUCUCACUAUACCCUUCUCAACAAUCUACUUCAAUGGCAAAAUUGAGGGUACGUUCUGUUUGAAAUCACCACCGGUAUUGCUAGGUUAUUCGCACGACCAAAAUAUGGGAGCCGAUACGGACAUCAACAUCGGAAGUAAGGAGGAGAACACUUACCUCAGCCUCUUCAUCACCAUAGAGCCGCCCCUGUCUCCCGCCGAGCCAAUGAAAGAACGGUUUUCAACAAAUGAAGCCGAAGACGUGCUACAGUAUGCAGAAAAAUGGCAGACUGAGCUUGAAGAAAAAUUCCCCAAGAGAGAAUUUAAAACAACCGUGAUCAACGUCAAUGGGAAGUCAGUAUUUAUAACACGAUACUUCAAGGAACUCAAACCGCCCGAGGAACUCCUCGCAGAUCUGAAAAACCAAAAGGCUGACGAGGUGGUGGCCCACUUUGUAGCCAUGAUCCCCUUCGUGUCCGAUUCUGUCGUCUUCCCAGGACUGUGUGACAUCUGGAGUACCAGCUCACAAUUCCUACAGAUGAUGGCUGGAGAUGAAGAAGAACAUGCUGUCUUGUUAGUUAACUACUUCAUGUCAAUGCAGAAGAAGACUUGGUUGAUCAUAGGUACUGCUAUCCCCGAGGGCCCCACAGCCUACGUGAUGACGGAGGAAGGAAAUGACCUUUGGAUCUGGAAUGCUGGGACAGGCCAUCACUAUAGCGUUCAUGACAACUACUGCCCCCUACAGACUGUUGGCUGUCUGGUGGAUGCUGAAAAUAUCUACGCAAAUAUACAGCAAUAUGACAAACCAUCCCAGAUGAGAUUUGAUAUCAAGGCCACAUCUGACUGGAAACCGUUCUUCACACGAUCCUUUGCCAGGUCACUUCCAUCUAUUCAGCCCGAAGCCCUGCGGUACAUUAAUGCUGAUCCAAAUGGAGCACGAGACAUCCAAGAGAAAAUUGAGAACAUGCUGAAGAACCGCAUCAUGGAGUGGCGAUCACGUUAUAUCACUCGAUGGAACAGGCACUGCACGCAAAUCAUGAGGAAAAUCCUGCCAGUAUUGGAGGAAAACCUUGGAAAACCACCAGAUGCACAACAUCUGUCUGAACUGGAGAAACAGUUCUCUACAUAUAAGGUGUCUGGUUUCCCCAUCAACAUGCCGUUUACAGGUCUGGAAUACAUCAAUGAACGAGUGUAUUCCACAGGCGUGCAUGCUCACGAGACGAGUGAUGUUGAAUUUGCCCUUGCCGUCUAUGUACACGCCUACCCUAACUCGGUGGCAUCCGUCUGGGUUUAUGUGGCUUCACUUAUCCGCCUUAGGUAGUGGAUCAUGUGACUUGUAUCAACAUUCCGUCCUGAUAACUGUGAUUGAAAGAAGUCCGUCCAAAAUUGUUUAAAAAUAGGUGAAGUCGUAGAACUAAGAAAUUUGUACAAGCCUAGAACUUGUGUGUCUGUUGAGUUUUCCAGGAUUCUGGUAUGUAGAUAGCAUCUUCUGUUUUACUUUAGAAAACAUUCAUUGGAGGGCAGCUGUACAAUUUAUUUGGAAAUCUGUGAUUCAUUUUGGUGGUUGUGAUAAUAAGAUCUUGAUCUUUUUAUACCUUCUGGCAAUGAUCAGGAAAUGUAAUCAUUGUUACAAAAUAACACUUGCUAUAUGGACAGCUCUCUAAUCCGUUAAGAAUCCUGACCUUAAAAAUAAAAUUGUGUGAUACCAGACAUUUAUUCAUUUAGAUAAUUAUAGUUUCAAUAUUUAAAGGAUUUUAAAUUAUUUAUUUAUUUUAAUACUUGAUAUUAUGAAAAUAACAUGGUUUUGCAGGCUAUACAAAAAUCAUGAAAAACAAAAUCUGUAUAUACAUAGAACUAUUUUAUGUUAGUCAACUUCAUGUAAUAUUAUUUGAAAAUGAUAUACAUGGUAAUCUUAAAAAUUAUGAAUAAACCUAUUAAAAGAAUCAACAAAACAGUUAAUGUUGUUGAAGAUAUUUUUUAUUUAAUUCCUGUACAUCUUCAUUUCAUGAAUUGAUAAAUGCAGAAUUAAAAUAUAAAAUAUUUGUUUAAUCCGUUUAGCACCAUAAAUAAAGGAUUUUACACGAGUGUCUUUGUCAUGAAUUUAUCAAACGACUUUUAAUAAAUUCCAUAUGACAUCGUCAGGAGUGUAAGAAUCUGUUUAUCACAUAACUCAUAUUAAUGAGUGUAAAUAAAUUUCUAUACAAAACA